AAUUUUGCGCGUGUUUGAUGCCAGUUCGAGUCUCAGCUGGCAACGCUGCAUUGACAUCAAUCUGACAUGCCAUUCGGUAAAUUUGCUUAAUUUGUUGGAAUUAAUUAAUUUUCAAAUAAUGAGCUCCGAUUUUGGCGAUUUUUCAUCCGAACUCUCCUCUAAAGGAGACGACAAGGAGCUACAGGAGUUUCUAAUGGUGGAGAAGCAAAAAGCCCAAUUCAAUGCCCAGAUACACGAAUUCAACGACUUUUGCUGGGACAAAUGCGUGGAAAAGCCAGGGAAUAAACUGGACAGCCGAACCGAAACCUGCCUAACCAAUUGCGUGGACCGAUUUAUAGAUGUUUCUUUACUUAUCACAAAUAGGUUUGCUCAAUUAUUGCAGAAAAGCGGCGGUAUGUGAAUACGGUGUGGGGUGAAUUUAAAAAAAUGUAAUCCAGGUGUAGAAGAUGUAGAAGAAUUCCAGCUGACUUAAUAAAAAUGUAAAGUGUUAUUAAAGUAAACAUUUUUAUUGAUUAAUCUAUGUAUAAUAAAUUUUUGUUAAGA